AUGCCGCCACUCAAGUUUUCCAAAUCAGAAGAGUAUUUGAAAAUCGACGCUGACGCUGAAAGGCAAGUCCUCGAUGCCUAUGCCGAGACAUUGGACGAGUCGAAUGUCGAAGAUAUCUAUCUCAAGCACCUACCGAUCAUCUUCCACAAGCUUAGUAUACCACACUGCUUCACCAGAGAUAUAGACAAUUGUGUCCAAUGGUUCUAUGACACCCACUUUAAUGGAAUCCCAGGCGAUAGCAAUAAGGCUAGGAAGACCAGGCUGUUGUUACAGCAAUUGACAAUUUCAACUACCAGGCAUGGCGAGCUAGACGUCUCCGACAUCAUCGAUAUCGAUAAGCUUAUCAUAGUUGGCAAUCGGCUUGUAAAGUUUAGAGAUCACUUUCCGGAGAUCAAAAAUGCCUGGCGUCUUUUCCUUGAAGCAUCCAGUGGAAGCAAGGUCAGUGACUCUAAACUUCUCAAUGAGACACUCUCACUCCAGGACCUCAAGAAGGUCAAAGAACAUUUGGAUCUCGGUGAUGUCAGUGAUCUGAUUCUUAUUGACAUGCUAGGUUGUGGAACUACGACGUUGGAAGGUGAAGUCCUCAACUAUGAUGCUAACGUUUCAGGGCUAGCUGUCGGAAUUAAAGAUUUUGCCGAGAUUUUAGGUCAGAUUGGACAACUUGAUUGA